CAGACAUUCCAUACGCCUCUCACGGCCUUUCAGACGCAGUCAUCGCUCGACCAUCAUGGCGAUCGGACUUUAGGAUUGUUGCUGUCGCUCUUUGCGAAGUCGAAAAAAAAAAAAAAAUUAAAAAAGGCUAAAGGAAUCUUACAACCGGGGCAGACUGCAACCCCGCUUCGUUUUGUGUGACGCCUAUCAUCUUCUCAGUUUUUCGGUGGAAGGAAAGGGAAGGGCCAAUCCCAAUUUUCAGGACCGUCGUCGUCGUUCUGUUUUGGUUAAUUGUUUCCAUUUUAACGGUGGGGAUUACCGUCGAAGCCAUUCGACACGUUAUUACCUUCAAGUUUUCCUACCGUAUCUCCAAAUUUAAGCUUACCAAAUUCACGAGACGACUCCCGAAAAUUGGGAACCCCUGUUCCCAGCCCUGAAACCCAAAAACCUCGAAAAGAAUUUUUCAUUUUGGCAACUGGAUGUUCAUUUUGACCCACUUGGAAUUCAUCUAUGGUUUCAUCGUUUUACUUGGUUUGUCAAUCGUUGGUUAACGUUGCAACGCUGUUGGAAAUACUCACAUCAACAGCUGGUGCCUACCUGACCCGACUCAGCUGUGUCUAGUGUCAACCUCUCCCAGUGCCAUCCACCACGACCGAGUUGUUUAUUCGCCAUUAGCAACCAUGCAGGUGGCUCGACCGACUCUGCCCCCCCUCAAUAUCGAGCUGGCCCAAAGGAAACCACUACAAACGGCCAUUCAAAAAUCAGACGACGUUUCGGCUGAUACCACAAAUGGAAAUGUGAUUGAAGCUAUCCCACCGACGCCCCUCUCGCCGCCGACGUUCUUGUCCAAAAUCCCAGCUGCGGCCCCCGAAGUCUCCCCCGCUGAAAUCCUUCUGUUAAACGAACGUUAUUUACUGCUGGAAUGCAUCGAAGGUGCCGUGUCUCCUCAAAGUCAACCACUGCGUCGCUGCAUCGACACGGUCACAGAAGAGACCUACUUUUGCCGCGAAUGCUCGACAUCGCCGUCGACGGCCACGUUGCUAGAGGCUCAUCAUCGCUUGAGGGAUUCCGCUGUUGUGACGCCCGUCUGUCACGUCAUCCAUGCCGAAGGAGAUGCACACACGCCAAAGCUCUAUCUCCUCUCGCCAGCCUCGUACGGCGAUUUACAUUCGUACUUGAGAUCGAAGCGCAGGCUGAAAGAGAACGAAGCAAGAAAUCUUUUUCGCCAAGCCGCACAGGCAGUGUUUGAUUGUCAUAAACACGGAGUCGUGCUAACCGAUUUAAAGCUCAGACGUUUCGUAUUUGCCGAUCCACAAAGGUCCAAGUUAAGAUUGGAAUCGCUGGAAGAAGCGAUUGUGCUGGAACGAUCGGAUUCGGACGACGGCGUUUGGCGGAAGCACGGAUAUCCGGCUUACGUGACACCGGAAGUGUUGUUGAGUCGCGGCGCCCGCUACUCUGGCCGUGCAGCUGAUCUUUGGUCUCUGGGCAUCAUCCUCUACACGCUGCUCGUCGGCCGCUAUCCGUUCCAAGACUCUGGACCGUUUGGACUCUUUACGAAAAUCAUCCGGGGACAUUUCACCGUCCCCGACUUUGUCUCGUCCAGGGCCCGCUGUCUCAUCCGCCAUUUGCUCCGACGUGAUCCUUGCCAGCGAUUGGAAGCUGCUGAUAUAUUACGCCAUCCUUGGUUUAAUGCAACGUUGCGUACAGCCAAAGUGGAUCAAGUGAAAAGCAAGCCGGAAGCAACUGGCAAUGGCGCCAUCAGGCCCGAGUUGUCAGUUGUAGACCAAGUGGUACCCGAAGCCCUUGUCGACAGUCGAAUGGAGGAUUGAUAAGACAAAA